UAGCGCCAUCCAUCCAUGACAUAGAGCCAGACCUCCCUCACCGUCUCCAUGGCCAUCCCGUCGCCAGUUGGCUUGAUGCCAGCUCACCUUCACUUCUCAACACCACUCAAACAUCCCUAAACACCUGCUCAGAGCAUGAGAGGGCUCCGUCAAUAGGGCAAACGGCCUCAUACACUCCCCGUCCUCGUCCCGGAGCUCCGCCCUCCCUCUCAACUUGAUUCCCGCUCCCAUCCCUAUCCUCGUCCGACUCUAGCAGCUCCUAUAUCUCCCCAUUUCUCGCCCUGACUUCCCUCUGUCGAUUCCUCCUUCAUUUCCACUCACCAUCCUUUCACCAUGGCGUUCCGGCAGAGCGUCCGACCCCAGCCAUCGCGACAGAUCUCCAUCCAGCCUCCCUCCCCCGAAGUCGGCCCUGUAGCUUCACCCCAGCGGAAGCGUGCUCUCGAGGAGUCAGAAGAAUGGGUGCUCUUCUCUCCGGGGGCACCCUCGACGAUUGCGCGCACCCACACCACCUCGACUGAGCGUACUCCACGGACAGCUGGCCUGUCCCGUUUCAGCGACUUCGGCUCUCUUGACACCGCCGCCCGCAGCCAAGACGAUGACGGCAUCACCAUACAUGGGACCGAGGAGGGAGAGCUUGACAGCUUGGACGACGGUCUACAUGCCUUCCAUGAGCCUUCGGAAUAUGGCGCCGUCGCGGGUCGCUUACUGCAGAGUGGAGAGACUGUCUUACCUGCGCAUGAUGGUCUAGGUACAUUCCAGCCUGAUAUGACAACGCAGGAAUACUUGUGGCAGUUUGAGCGACAGGCUGCAAGGAGACCGCGAGCCAGGAGGCGAUCCAGCGUACAACGUCGACUGGAUGCAUUGGAGAGUGCCGAGGAGCUCAAUCAAGAUCAAGAGAGCCGUCUAAGGAUCGAGAAAUGGCGAUUAGAGCAAAGCAAAGCGUUGCUUGAGGAGAUAGAAAAGGAAACUCGCCGGAGACGGAGAUUGAGUAUAGCGAGCGGUGCUCGGGCUUCGACCAAGGGCACACAUCGAGAUACACAUACCAGUCUCUCCAGGAGGGCCCAAUCCGCCACUGAUGACCAGAGCGUCUCCUCAGAGGAGAGCACAGAAAGCCUUUCGUUCUUGGAGCGGCUGACAAGGCGAGUCAUACGCGGUCUCAUGGGUAUCGAUGAGGAUACCCUUUCUGUUAUUUUUGGGGAAUCGUUGCCUCAGGAGGCUACUCUGGCCACAGAAGAACAUCCUCCAACCUCAACUUCUGGGCAGCCCUCUCCAUCUUUGGAUGGCUCUUCAUCACCCGCCGACAGCUGGGAGUACAGGCUUCUAGAGAGGGUUGCACGAGAGCUUGGUAUCUUAGUCUCGCAGCUCUCGGAGCACCCUGGAGCUUUCUCUACUUAUCGUCGAACACAAGCAAUGCCAGAGUACGCCGGACACACUUCCAUUAUUCGAAAUCCAGCGUUGGGUGACGACACCCUUCCUUCAACUACUUCCCCUUCGUCCCCUACCGCGCCCUCCACAUCUGUAUUUUCCCCGCAGCAGGUAGCAAGCCACUAUAGCGAAGCGUCUCUCUGGGGUAUCGAAGAAGAACCCGAAGUUGACCCCUUGGACUCCUUUCGGACUCCUGCCGCACAUGUAGUGGACGCAGCAGAGGACUUGGCGCGCGAACGCGAGUACUGGGAGCGCGAACUUGACGUCAAAAUGGUCUUCAACUUUUUGGUGCAACGCUUCUCGUCGCGUAGGCCAAGCGUCUCCUCCCAACAUGAGGCAAACUCCGGCUCACCGUCCCGCCGGCGUCAUAGCUCAACUACGGCGGGAGCGAACACUGAGGCUCUCUCCGCCCGGCGGGCGGCAGUGAUACGGCAACACCACCCCCUUGUCGGCAACGCGGAGCGUUCCCUUCCUACCUCGUCUUCCCAUGUUCGAGAUGCGCGGCGAAGGGACUCCUUAUAUCGGCAGCACCUGCACCAUCCGAUCGCUGCACGUGGUCAUACGCUCAGGAGUAGCUCCUCGUGCGCGAGCCAGAGCACGAAGAAGAGCAAGCACAGUGCGACGGGUUCGCGGAAUUACUGGGAUCUAGGUGGCAGUGUGGGGAGUGGCAGUGUCUUGGCUGGUGAGGUUUGAGGGACAAGAUCUUUUGCAUGUCAGGUGAACGGGAUUUAA